CGUCACCCAUCGUUGUGAAAUCAGGAGGGUUUUAUUGCCUGCGCGUGUAAAUCUUCCACGAUUUCCUAAAUCCGAAAUGCACGCACACAAUAAACACGCACACUGCACGUGUUUGAAAUGUCGUAAAAAAAACCCUUUUUUUUUCUUUAAAUCCACAUUUAAAGCCUCGAACCGGAAACGGCAACGGCGCCGUUCACGCUCGAUCUCAGCUCGAGCCCGCGAUGACUCAACGAGCUGCCGACGGCGCUUCGUCACUUCUUCGGCAAUCUCCGUGACGGCAAUCGGAAAAUCCCUGCGCGAGUGCAUAAAAGAGCAAAGUUGCCCAAAUGGAAGCUGCAAGAAAGUUGGCCGAGUUCGGCGCCGAGCAGACCGCGCGAGUCCCCGAGCCGCCGUGACCGACAUGCACGCGCACAACGUUUUCGGGCUUCUGUGCUGCUUGCUGCUGCCGCGCGCCUUGCACUCCGCUCCCGCCGCCGCCUGGCCGCCUCUCCGCGACGCCGUGGACCGAGCCCGGAUGUUGGUGGACAAGAUCGCCAAAGACAUGCCUGCUGUGCACGGGAGCGUGGUCAGCACGGAGGGUUUGACCCUUGACCUGUGCCAGCAGGCCAGCAGCUGGCAGAUGAUGGCGGCGUCGCUGGGCAUCCCCCCCGCCCCCGUCCUCAAGCCGCUGUCGGAGGGCUUCACACCUGAAACCAGUGUGAGCCGCAUGGAGGCGGGAGGCCGUCUGUACCAGGGGCUGCUGGGGGUCUUGUCGGGGCGCCUUGGCCGGCUGGACCACUUGCUGGCCGACUUGCGAGACCUGCUGACUCAGAUCGCCAAGAUGAGGGAGGCGGCACAACUGAGCGUGGCGGACGUGGACCAGAACCAGGACACGGACUUGGCCUCGCAUCUCCACGGCGACUAUGAGGUCCAAGUGGCGGCGCACCUGACGCUGUGCCAACUGCGCUCCUUCUGCCACGACAUGAUCCGCGGCCUGCGAGCGCUCGCCACCCUCCGCCACCCGCUAAACGUGGAGCAUUUACCCGGAGACGAGGACUUUUAAUUUGGCGGGCAAACACGGAAAGACUUCUCUGCUGCCCCCUGCUGGACAGACAAGGUGGUGCAGCCAUCUCGACCAUGAGCCUUAUUUAUGCUAUUUAUGCUAUUUAUUUAUUGUUUGCCAGUGAUGGACACUUCCUGUUCUUCCACAAUAAGAGCCUUUUAUUUCAAGUGGACAACAUGGCAAUAAAUGUUCUCCCACUGUGUUAAUGUGGGUGUCUUCACUAGCCACGACUGACCAUAUUUGGGCGUUCAGCUCCUGCGCUGCUCCUGCUCCUUCCUGCGCUGCUUCUCCUUCUGUUUCUCCAUUUUGUUCAGCGCCUUGCGUUCCUUCUCCGCCGCCGCCUGCCAGCCUUUCAGCCGCCGCUUCAGAGCGCCGCGGUCUGACGAACUGAGCACACCCAGACCCUGCGAAAACCGCCGUAACGUAACGUUGUCACGCCGCGGCGCGUUCGGCGGCGACAACUCCUUACCUUCAGCUUGCUGCCGUCCAACUGGAGCAGCUGCUGUCCGUCCACGUCCGCCGCUCGGAAUUCUGGGACAUAGCGUUCCAUGCCCACGUCCCCCAGCCAAUCACACACCUGCUGAGUCGUCCAGGAAGACACCUGGGAAGACGUCUCGUCGCCGGGCUGGUGAAAAGCCAGACAGUGAGGAAACGUUAACUGUUAGCAUGCUAACGUCUUAUGCUAACUUUUUUUUUUACAAAUUUUUUAUAUUUAAACCAAAAAUUACAGUUUGUGGUACAAGUUUGCUAACAGUGAAAGUGUGUUGGAUGUAACCCAUACUUGUGAGUGUUAGCAUGCUAACGUCUUAUUCUUUUUUUUUAACAAUUUUUUUAUGUUAAAACCUGAAAAUCGCAGUUUGUGGUACAAGUUUGCUAACAGUGAAAGUGCGUUGGAUGUAACCCAUACUUGUGAGUGUUAGCAUGCUAACGUCUUAUGCUAACAUUUAAACAAUUUUUUUAUAUUUAAACCUGAAAAUCACAGUUUGUGGUACAAGUUUGGUAACAGCGAACAUGCGUUGGACUCAACCCAUACUUAUGAGUGUUACCAUGCUAACAUCUUAUGCUAACUUUUUUUUGCUAAUUUUUUAUUUGUUUGAACCUGAAAAUCACAGCUUGUGGUACAAAUUUGCUAACAGCUAACAUGUGUUGGACUUAACCCGUACUUGUGAGAGCGUUAGCAUGCUGGCAUCUCAUACUAACUUUUUUUUGCAAAUUUUUAUGUUUAAACCUGAAAAUCAAGGUUUGUGGUACGAGUUUGCUAACAGUGAACGUGCGUUGGAUGUAACCCAUACCUGUGAGUGUUAGCAUGCUAAGAUCUUGUGCUAGCUUUUUUUUGCAAAUUUUUUAUUUGUUUAAACCUGAAAAUCACAAUUUGUGGUACAAGUUUGCUAACAGCGAACAUGUGUUGGACUUAACCCGUACUUGUGAGAGUGUUAGCAGGGUAACGUCUUAUGCUAACUUUUUUUUGUGCUAAUUUUGUAUUUUUAAACCUGAAAAUCAAGGUUUGUGGUACAAGUUUGCUAACAGUGAAAGUGCGUUGGAUGUAACCCAUACUUGUGAGAGUGUUAGCAUGCUAAAGUCUUAUGCUAACUUUUUUUUAACACAUUUUUUAUGUUUAAACCUGAAAAUCACAGUUUGUGGUACAAGUUUGCUAACAGCGAACAUGCGUUGGACUUAACCCAUACUUGUGAGUGUUAGCAUGCUAGCAUCUUAUGCUAGCUUUUUUUCAAAUUUUUUGUUUCAACCUGAAAAUCACAGUUUGUGGUACAAGUUUGCUAACAGCGAAUAUGUGUUGGACUUAACCUGUACUUGUGAGAGUGUUAGCAUGCUGACAUCUCAUGCUCUUUUUUUAGCAGAUUUUUUAUAUGUUUAAACCUGAAAAUCAAGGUUUGCGGUACAAGUUUGCUAACAGUGAACGUGCGUUGGAUGUAACCCAUACUUGUGAGUGUUAGCAUGCUAACGUCUUAUGCUAACUUUUUUUAAACAAAUUUUUUAUAUUUAAAUCAAAAAUUACAGUUUGUGGUACAAGUUUGCUAACAGUGAAAGUGUGUUGGAUGUAACCCAUACUUGUGAGUGUUAGCAUGCUAACAUCUUAUUCUAACUUUUUUUUUUGACAAAUUUUUUAUAUUUAAACCUGAAAAUCGCAGUUUGUGGUACAAGUUUGCUAACAGUGAAAGUGCGUUGGAUGUAACCCAUACUUGUGAGUGUUAGCAUGCUAACAUCUUAUUCUACCUUUUUUUUUUGACAAAUUUUUUAUAUUUAACCUGAAAAUCGCAGUUUGUGGUACAAGUUUGCUAACAGUGAAAGUGCGUUGGAUGUAACCCAUACUUGUGAGUGUUAGCAUGCUAACAUCUUAUUCUAACUUUUUUUUGGGACAAAUUUUUUAUAUUUAAACCUGAAAAUCGCAGUUUGUGGUACAAGUUUGCUAACAGUGAAAGUGCGUUGGAUGUAACCCAUACUUGUGAGUGUUAGCAUGCUAACGUCUUAUGCUAACUUUUUCUUUUUAAACAUUUAAACACAUGAAUUAACGUGGACCCCGACUUAAACAAGUUGAAAAACUUAUUCGGGUGUUACCAUUUAGUGGUCAAUUGUACGGAAUAUGUACUGUACUGUGCAAUCUACUAAUAAAAGUAUCAAUCAAUCAAUCAA